AUGCCAUGUUCGAGGUCUAUUCCCAUCCAAGCAUCUCGUGAGGAGUUCGAUCUGAGGAUCUCCCAUGCUAUUUCUGUUCAAGCUUUUCAUGAUCAAGAAGAAGCAAGACUCGAAGCAGAAUUAACUCAAAUUCAGGAACAACUUGCCACCAUAUGCCAAAAUCGAGCCACCAUAGCCAAACAUCUGGCUGCAGCCCAACAAGAACAACAUCUCCUUAUUCAGGAACUUGUCUCAAUCUACACAAAGCGGGGAGAAUAUGAAAAACAACUUGAGAAAAUUCAAACUGACAAGUUCAAACAGAUUGAAGUGCUUUCAAUUCUGGAAAACAAAAGGGGAAAGCUGCGCUCCGAUUUGACGUGUGGCACAUGGCAUUCGGCAUUGGCAACUGCCAAUGGAAAACUUUUUACGUUCGGUGAUGGAACAUUUGGUGUCUUAGGUCAUGGAGAUAGAGAGAGUGUGUUAUAUCCAAAGGAAGUGCAGUUAUUAAGUAGAUUUAGGACUCUUAAAGUUGCAUGUGGAGUAUGGCACACUGCAGCUAUUAUAGAGGUAACACUUCAGUCUAGUUCAAAUGUUUCAUCAAGGAAGCUCUUCACUUGGGGUGAUGGUGAUCAGUAUCGUUUGGGGCAUGGAAACAAGGAAACAUACCUUCAACCGACUUGUGUCUCAUAUCUUAUAGAAGCAUGUGGAAACACUAUGACUGUUGCCCCCACUACAUCUGGUCAUAUUUUCACUAUGGGAGGCACUGAACAUGGUCAACUAAGAAAUUCUUUGUCCGAUGGAAAAGUACCAAUGCUAGUACAAGAUAAGUUGGUAGGUGAGUAUGUUGAGGAAAUAUCAUGUGGAUCUCAUCAUGUGGCUGUAUUGACAUUAAGAAGUGAACUAUAUACAUGGGGGAAAGAUGCCAAUGGAAGAUUGGGACAUGGAGACACAGAAGAUAGGAAGGGUCCAAUAAUAGUGGAAGUCUUGAAAGAAAGGCAUGUAAAAAACAUUUCGUGUGGGUCGAAGUUUACAGCUUGCAUAUGCAUCCAUAAAUGGGUCUCGGGAGUUGAGCAAUCUAGUUGUACCGCAUGUAGGCAACCAUUUAGAUUUACUAGAAAAAGGCACAAUUGUUAUAAUUGUGGGUUAGUGCAUUGCCAUGGUUGCAGUUCAAAAAAGGCAUUGAGGGCAGCAUUGGCUCCAACACCCGGAAAACCUCAUCGUGUGUGUGAUUCUUGUUAUACUAAGAUUAAAAAUGUUGAGUCGAAUUCUGGUGCCAUUUUUAAUAGGAGAGCUACUACUCCACCUCGUACUUCUAUAGAUGGAAGGGAAAGAUUUACCCUGGGAGAAAUAAGAUCUUCAAGAACUCUCUUCCCUCUCUCAAGGAUUCACAAGACUACUACAGAGCAAGUUGUUCAGGUUCCAUCACUAGUGCAAUUGAAAGAUGUUGCAUUCCCAAGUUCAACAGGUUCAAUAAUGCAAAAUCUUUUGAAGCCUACCAUCGCUGCCAUACCUCCAACUCCAAGUCCACCACCAACUCCAUCACUCAUUUCAAGGCCCGCAUCCCCGUAUGCAAGAAGGCCAAGCCCUACGCGUUCCGGCGCUGGUGGAUUCUCUAGAAGUCUUCUUGAUAGUUUGAGGAAAACAAAUGAGCUUAAGAAUCAAGAAGUAUCAAAAUUACAGAAACAAAUUCAAAGUUUGAAACAGAAAAGUAACAUGAAAGAUGUGGAAAAUCAAAAGCUUCGCCAACAUAUUAAAGAAGCUACAACAUUGGCAGCAGAUGAGUCUUCUAAGCAUAAAGCAAUGCUAGAAAUUUUUGAGUGCACUAUCAUUCAGUUGAAGCAAAUGGCUGAGAAGUUGCCACCAGAGAUUUCAGAAACUGAAAAUUUGAGAAUUGCACUUACUCAAGCUGAAGAUUUUCUGAAAGAAAACUCGACAUCUGAAACAUUUUCUGUGCCAUCAAUAUCAGAGUCUACUCGACAAAAUGCACCUGAUCCUGCCACAGAUAUUGGGGAUUCAAAAAUGCAAGAGCACAAUACAGAAGAAUAUCAUGAAGCGGCGGCUUCGGACCCAUCUCAUGAUGAGGAGAAUGUCCUUCAAGAAAGAAAUGGAUCAUCUGUAUCCGAUAAUAGAACAGCAGUGCAACCACAAAGCUCCGAGGAAACAUCAAGGUUGGCAAGAGAUGGAGAAACACAAGUUAUUGAACAAUUUGAGCCUGGUAUUUACGUGACACUAAUAGUAAGGCCUAAUGGUGUCAAAAUUUUCAGGAGAGUUAGAUUUAGCAAGCGAAGGUUUCAUGAGCAACAAGCAGAAGAAUGGUGGAACAUAAAUAAAGAGAGGGUGCUUCAGAGAUAUGGUCAACAAGCUAGAAGUGAUGCUAAUGCAUCAUUUAGCACCCCGACACCACCUGCUGAAGAAAAUAUUGAGGUAGCACCUACCUAACACUUGAAUCUUACUUAGAUUUGCAUAGACAUCAUCUUAGUUUUGAUGAAAGUACAAGGUACAGAAUGAAGCAUCAUUAAUCUACUAAGUGUAGCAAAAAGUUGUAUCUAGUU